UUCACUGGAAGCAGAAGCACGUUGCAGUUGGCCGGUGAGGACAGGUUUUUUUUUUUUUUUUUAGUUUUUAUGUUUCUCUCUCUUUGUCAGAUUUGUGAGGGUGAUCGGCGGAGAAUAAUACAAACAUUUAGUCUGGAUAUUUGAUCUUUCUGACUCUCUGACAGCCCUCUGAGUCUGUCAUUGUGAGAAAACUGAGCCGUCACAAUGUCCAGAGUCGCCAAUCUGUCGAAGCUGCGGCAGGAGAGGAUGAGGGAGAUCAACCUGAGGAACAAAGAGAGGGAGAGAAUGAGGGAUCGAGAGAAGGCGGCGAGGGAGAGGGAGGCCCGUUACAGUAACGGUCAUCUCUUCACCUCUCUGACGGUUUCAGGAACGACGCUGUGUUCAGCGUGCAACAAGAGCAUCACGGCCAAGGAGGCGCUCAGCUGCCCAACAUGCAACGUAACGAUCCACAACCGCUGUCGAGACACUCUGCCGAACUGUGCCAAGAUGAAACAGAGGCAGCAGAAGACCGCCUUGCUGAGGAAUAACUCGGCUCUGCAGAACGUCACGCUGCGAACAAAAACUCCUGGGAUGCGUGAACGUCCGACGUCGGCCAUCUACCCCUCGGAAAGCUUCAGACACACCCUGCUGGGGUCCCGCAGAGGACGCUCCGGCCUCUCGCUGUCAAAGAGCGUCUCCACCAACAACAUCUCCGGGACCCUGACCGAUGACUCCCCUCUGGGUCUGCGGAGGAUCCUGUCUCAGUCCACAGACUCCCUCAGCUUCAGGAACAGAGCCAUGUCUGUGGAGUCUCUCAACGACGACGGAGAGAUCUACUACACCUCGGUCCUGGAGGAGAUCGAGUACGAGGGUCAGGACUUUAAGGCGGACUCGUGGAGCAUGGCGGUGGACAGCGGCUACCUGCAGACACACCGUAAAAACAUCAUCAAGAGGCAGGACGUCAUCUAUGAGCUGAUCCAGACGGAGCUGCACCACAUGCGGACGCUGCACAUCAUGGAGCGCGUGUUCAGGCAGGGCAUGCUGGACGAGCUGCAGCUGGACCCGAGCACCGUGCACGCCAUGUUCCCCUGCCUGGACCAGCUCAUCAGGAUACACUCGCACUUCCUCGCGCAACUUCUGCUGCGACGCAACCUCAGCCUGCACCCCGGGUCCAGCCGAAACUUCACCAUCCACCAGCUGGGAGACAUUCUGCUGGAGCAGUUCUCAGGUCAGUGUGCAGACGACAUGAGGAAGACGUACGCUGAGUUCUGCAGUCGACACCUGAAGUCCGUUAAACAUUACAAAGAGCUGCUGGCCAGAGACAAGAGGUUCCAGUGCUUCAUACGGCGGGUGAGUCGGGGGCCGUUGCUCCGUUGCCAUGGCGUCCAGGAGUGCAUCCUGUUGGUGACUCAGCGGAUCUCAAAGUAUCCUGUUCUGGUUCAGAGGAUUCUGGAUAACACCAUGGAUGAUGAAGAAGAAGUGUCCUCUCUGGCUCAGGCUCUCUCCAUGGUCAGAGAGCUUCUGAGUUCAAUUGACCAGCAGAUGGAGGAUCUGGAGAAAACUCAUCGUCUGCAGGAGAUCCAGGCCAAACUGGACCCGCGGGCCGAGACCAGAGUCCGGGACGGUUCCCUUUUUAAACCGGGAGAGCUCUUCAGGCGGAGACUCGUCCAUGAAGGGACGCUGUACUGGAAAACACCCGGAUCAAGGCUUAAAGAUAUCCAGGUCCUCCUGAUGACAGACAUCCUGGUGUUUCUACAGGAGAAAGACCAGAGGUACAUCUUCCCAUGUCUGGACAAACCACCAGUGCUGUCCCUUCAGAACCUGAUCGUGAGGGAUAUAGCCAAUCAGGAUCGAGGGAUGUUCCUCAUCAGCGACUCGGCUCCUCCGGAGAUGUACGAGUUUCACGCCGCCACCAAAGACGACAAGAACGUGUGGAUCCGACACAUUCAGCGCACCGUCAGCAAGUGUCCAUCGAGGGAGGAGUUUCCUCUCAUAGAGACUGAAUACAAAGCUCACCUGAGGAGACUCAAAGCUGACCUGCAGCAGAAGGACCGGGAGAUGUUGGAGCUCCUGCAGGAGAGGGUGAUGUUGUUCUGUGAGCUGACGGAGGUGACGAGCGGCCACGAGGGGCUUCAACCGCCCAUCACCCGAUAUUUGUUCAGAGCGGACACACCGCAAGCCCCCCGAGCCGAGAAGCUGCUGAUGGAUGCCACCGCUGAGGUGGAGAGGUUGAGCGAGCUUCUUCUGGGCUCCAGCUUGGACAUCCCUCUUCUAUAUCAUCACAACCACUUGGAGGCGCUAGAGACCAGUGAUCAGGAUCUGUUGAUCAAUGGAGCGCAUGAUUUCUUUGCUUCAAAGGAUUGUAUGAGGAGUCCCGACCAGCAACCUCCCUCGGAGAUCUAUCAGAGGCUGGUGAAUCUCAGUGUUUAUCUUCAUGCUCUUCAGGCUGCAGUCAUCAAACAGGACUCCAUCUUGGAGCUGCUGCUGCAGCCUCAGGACGCAGCGUCCCCAGGUUCAGGAGGAGCGUGGCGCCCCCUUUGGCGGGACGGUGGAAAUCGUGAGUCCAGUGCGGGUUCCACCAUCGGGGAGCUGGCUCUCCUGCAGAGACAGCACAGUCUGCUGCAGGAGGAGCUGCUGAGGCUGAGAGACGCAGAGAGCCGCUACAAAGACAGCGAGAGGGCCCGGACCAAACUGGAGCGACAGGUCCGACACAUGAAGGUCUGCAGUGGGGCCACACCCAACCUCCAACAGCAGGUGGAGCUAGCGUCACAGCAGGUGUCUCUACAAACAGGAAGGGGUGGUUCAACCGGAGCUGGCCUACAGCGAGGCGGCAAGGAAGCUUUCAGCCAAUCAGACGGCCUACAGGAUGGCAGUGAUUUGGAGGCGGACAUGACGUCAGACGAUGAUGAUGGAUCGGCAUCUGAAAGCUCCAAAGAUCUUCACGAUAUCCCAGAAGAGAUCUGAUCCUCUGCAUGAGCCACGAUGCUUCUCAGCUUGUAGUUUUAAGUCAUGAAGAUGUGAACUGAUCAACUCUAGCUCGGCACAUUGUUGUGCUCUCUGGAGAAACACACACACACACACACACAUUAACACACACAAAAAGCACAACAAUGUUUAUUUAGCUGCUUUGCUUUCUCGGUCGUUGGCUUGUGACAGUGUUGUUUUAUUUUCAGCUUUUGAACGAGUAGAUUUCUGUUCUGACGUCGGGUGACUCAAUGAGGGGAAAACUGAUGGAUGAUGCGCUUAUUUGACUUUUUGAUCCGUAGAUUUGACUCUGAAGGUUCGGACACUAUUAGGGCUACUGUUUCAACAUGUUGUGCCAAAGCAACUGCACUCCAAUAAAUGUCAAAUCAGGGACUUUUGAACUUUUUGUUCCAAACAUUUAGAGAGUAAGAGGAGGAAACAUUGUGAGAAAUGGGUUUAAUAAUGCUAUUUGCACUUUUGUAGUUCUUAUCUGGGUGAUUAUUUUAGACGUCGUCUUGCAACAUUUGAAACAAAAACCAUGAUGUGACAUUUUAAACAAUUUUGCUCUUUUUAGAAAUAAACCAUAUAAAGUUAAACUAAUGUUCCUUCUAGAGUUAAUCAAGGCAUAAAUACCAGAAAACAUGCACAAUGUUCAAAGCAAUCCAGUCAAACCAUCCUGCAAUAAAAGCUGCUGUCACAGUGCCUCUCUACUCUGAAAGUGUCCCCGUCUGCUCUGGCUUCAAACAGCCUUCAUCAUUAUUUUAAUCGUAAAUAGAGACGCACCGAUUCCAAGGUUUUUCAUAAGGUCUCCUCGAUUUUAUAGAUCACAAACUCUUCUUAGGAAAUAAGCCAGUGUGCUAGUUUUAAGCCUUUUUAGGGCGACCUCAAGGUUUAUAUCUGAGACCCCUGAUUGUUCUCCCCUCCCUAACUCCAAAGUAAAAAAAAAAAAUUAACAUCUCGCCGUCUUCCAUUUUCUGAUCUCACUUUUCGCAGGAAUAAACCAGUUUGUGGGUCAGUGCCUUCCGAAACCUUUAGAGAUGACUGUUACCGGAAAGAUUCAGAGGUCUGUUUAGUAAAUUAUGUUUUCAGGGUUGGGUUAAAAUAUAUCAAAUGAAAACACUUUAAAAACCUGGUUAUUGGUUGGAGAUCAAACAAACAGUCAACCCAGGUCAACGCCACACGAGAAUUAUUCCGUCCUGACCUCUAACACCGCGACCUAACCGCACGCCAGCGUUAGAUAUCACAUCGCAUCGCACAUGAUCGAAGAUUGAAGGUGAACAAACGGUUGUGUGGUGACUCAAAUCACAACUCAGAGGCUCGUUAAAAGCGAAAAAGCGAGUAACCUUGUAGCGCCUUCUCCUUCCUUGUUCCUCGUCCGUCUACGCGAGUGACCAAGAGGAAAAUAGAAACAGGACGUCAGGGUCAAUACGGCGCGAACAAUAGAAUCGAUCGUAUGCAGGUCACGCUUACACGACAAAAAUUUCAGCCCAAAAAACGUAAACUUUAGUCGCCUUUUGGCUGUUGGUUUUACAAGACAACGGCGUGUAGUGCUCCUCGACAUCCAGAGUGCAAACUUUUGAAAAACUCCAACUCAACUGAGAAAACGCUGUCCCUCUGAAAACAGAGACUUAACACACAUGAGCAUUACGGCUUCAGUCAAACGUCCUGUGUGUGAGCAGUGGGGAUUCUAGAGUCUGGGGCCCUUUGUAAAAAUCAAUGGGGGGGGGCCCUCCAACCAGCAUCCAUCACCGUUACGUCUGCCAUUGUCCCAACGAGAACUCCCCUUUUUUUCCUGUUUCUUUUUCCUCUUCUACAGACGGAUAAUUCCUCUUCAUUUUUAUUUUUAUUUUUUACUUUCACUGACGGACUUUGGUUUUCACAGCAAGUCUAGCAAGAGUGCAGUCAGAUGGGGCCCCCUUUAGGAGGUUUCCUACUUUGCACAUUUUGGGCCGCUGCUUUGCUUUAAGUUUGGGAGCGCUCAAAGGGCCCCCAACUGGUCUGUGGCCCCAAGCAGUGACCUGCACAUGCCUGUUGACAAACAGCGCCUCUGUGUGGGU